AAUAGACCAUAAAAGCUUACAACAUUGUAAUUUUUUUUUGUAAUAAGUUUUUUAUUAUAUCAUGUUUACAGUAAUAAUUUCACAGUUUUAUGACCCAAAAAUUAGUGAUAUCGGGCACAUUAAAAUAAAAAUCCAACUCUUAUAUUCACUCACUUUAUUUUUACCGUAACUUCUAACUACUGUAUGAACACUUGGUUAUAUUAUGUUUUCAAUAGCCCGUGUCAUGAAGACAUAUAUUCUAGUCCUUUUAGUGUGUAUUUUAAGGAUUUUUGAAAUUAAUGGAUCGUUAACUGAGACCGAAACUAACCCGGAAUCAGUCAAAAAUUACUGGCUUGAAAGUGGACAAAACUAUUUAGAAAAAGUGUCGAAGUUAGCUUUGCGAACCAAUACUGCCAAAAAUCUCAUUAUUUUUAUGGGAGAUGGUAUGUCAUUAACAACAAUUACUGCUGCAAGAAUAUACAAUGGUCAAAUAAAUAAUAGAACUGGAGAGAGUGAUUAUUUAAGCUUUGAAAAUUUUCCAUUUACGGGCAAAACAAAGACAUAUUGCGUUAAUAAACAAGUACCCGAUUCUGCUUGUACGGCGACAGCAUACCUGUGCGGCGUUAAAAAUAAUAUUGGUACUAUUGGUGUAACCUCUAAAGUUAAGAAAAAUGACUGCCAAGCGUCAAUUGUCGACGAUAAACCAGAAUCAAUCAUGCAAUGGUCUCAGUGGGCUAGGAAGGCAACUGGUAUAGUUACGACUACCAGAAUAACUCACGCGUCCCCAGCUGGUGCUUUUGCACAUGUUUCGAAUAGAGACUGGGAAUCCGAUGAGGAUAUACUCAAGUUUAAGGAUAAAACAAAUAUUAGCCAGUGUGAAGACAUUGCAAAGCAGUUAAUCACUAGAGAACCUGGAAAGAAUUUUAGAGUGAUUAUGGGAGGUGGUCGUAGUAAGUUUUUAAUGAAAAGAACAAAUACAACGUAUGAACGUUCAGACGAGGACUUAGUGUUGCGAUGGAAAAAUGAUAAAAAGACUAGGGUAAAGGAAGAAAAUGCUGUUUACGUAACAAAUAGAGAAGAUCUUCUAAAGAUAGACAUAUCAAACGUUGACUACUUAUUAGGAUUAUUCCACGACAGUCAUUUCGACUACAGACUGCAAUCAGAUAUUAUCAAACAACCAACAUUGCAAGAAAUGACAAAAAAAGCAAUUGAAAUACUCCAAAAGGAAAAUAACGGAUAUGUGUUAUUUGUUGAAGGAGGUCUCAUCGACAUAAGCCAUCAUGCAACUUACGCAAAAAUUGCUUUGGAUGAAACCGUUGAACUGUCUAAAGCUGUGUCAGAAGCAGUAGCAAUGACUAAAGAAGAUGAUACACUUAUUGUAGUUACUUCGGAUCACGCACACACGAUGACUAUGGCAGGAUACCCUCAACGAGGAGCUAAUAUAUUAGGAUUAGCUAGUUCGACAGCUAAUGAUGAUAUGCCGUACACAACUUUGAGCUAUGCCAAUGGUCCUAAGGACGAGAAUAUGUCCAAUUGCCACAGAAUGAAUGUGACUGAUGAAUAUUUUGAAAAAGAUAACAUGCGCUAUCCAAGUCUUGUUCCAUUAGAAGCGGAGACUCAUGGUGGUGAAGACGUAAUGGUAUUUGCUAGAGGACCAUGGGCUCAUUUAUUUACAGGAAACUAUGAACAAAAUAUCAUACCCUUAGCGAUGGCUAAGGCUGCUCAACUACCUUUAGAAAAACCAACAUCCGCUUGAGCUUCAUGUAGACACAACUUCAUUUAUUCAAAAGAUAUUUAUAUGAUAUCAUCUGUUUAUGAUGUGUUUAGUUAAUAUUAGUUAAAUUGGAAUGAGAAAUAUUUGUAAAAAUAAUGAUUAUUACUAUUAUAUUUUAUAUAUUUUGAA